UACCUAAUACACUUCACUAGUAGAGAUACGAUUUUUUAAAUCUGUAAUUGUUUAGUCUUUUUUAAUAAUAAUAAUAAUUGUUCUAGGAAUACAUUAUGACAGAAAAAAAGGACAAAUACCCGUCCACAUUUACUAUAGAUAACUUUAGUUCCACAGCCACAUUAGCCAACAAUGACCAAAUCAAAGUUCCUAUUGAGAAUGGAAACAUUCAAAAAAUGGACCACAAAGUUUAUAAUCCCUACGAGCAUAGAACUAUGGAACACGCUAACAGUUUCUCCGGAGCGCUUACACAUCUGUUAAAAAGUUCUCUUGGCACGGGAAUUUUAGCCAUUCCACGAGCAUUUAGAAACGCUGGUCUUCUAGUUGGUCUAUUCGGAACCUUACUCAUAGGAUUUCUAUGUACUCACACCAUACAUAUAUUGGUCAAGGCUUCUCACAAAGUAUGCACAAGAGGUAAAAUUCCUAGUUUAGGAUUUGCAGACACAGCGGAAGAAGCAUUCAAACAAGGACCUAAACCUUUAAGGCCGUGGGCUAGAUUUGCCAAAAAUUUUGUUGAAAUUGCAUUGGUAUUGACCUAUUAUUGUGGAAACGCUGUAUACAUCGUCUUCAUUUCUGUGUCAAUGACAAAAUUAUUUUCAUACUACUAUCCCGACACGGCAUCAUGGGAUCAGUACUUCAAGUUGAUGAUUCUAGUUCCUUUAAUCUUGUGCUGCCAAAUCAGGGAACUGAAGCACAUGGUACCAUUUUCAUUCAUAGCUAACAGUAUGAUGGUUGUCGCUUUUAGUAUAACAUUGUACUAUAUUUUUUCGAACAUGUCAUCGGUAAAAUUAUCCGAUAGAAAUCUUUAUACGAAUUGGGAAGGUAUACCAUCAUUCUUCAGUACGGUAUUAUUUGCGAUGGAAGGGAUUGGUACCAUAAUGCCUGUCGAGAAUUCAAUGAAAAAGCCGAGGUUUCUGGGAUGCAAUGGAGUACUAAAUUCGGCAAUGAUAGUGGUGGUAUCAUUGUACACUUGCAUCGGGUUCUUUGGAUAUUAUAAGUUUGGUGAAGAAACUAGUGCAACUAUAACAGGCAAUCUCCCAUCCAAUGAAAUACCUGCCCAAAUUGUCCAAGCCAGUAUUUCAGUGGCGGUAUUCUUCACAUUUAUGCUUCAGUUUUACGUGCCUAUGGAGAUAACGUGGACCAGAAUCAAAGACAGGAUACCUGAAAAUAGACAUAAUAUAUCACAAAUUCUUUUAAGGACUGUUUUGGUUAUUUUCGUUACAGGUAUAGCUGCUGCUGGUGGAGAACACUUGGGUACACUAAUUGAUCUUGUUGGAGCAGUGUUCUUCUCUACUUUAGGACUAUUUGUGCCGGCCUUUAUUGAAAUUAUAGUUGAUUGGGAUGAAGGCUGGGGAAAGUACCAAUGGAGGCUUGUAAAAGAUAUCCUAAUUAUGUUUAUUGCGAUAUUCGGUUUAGUUUCUGGCAGUUAUUAUGCUGUUGCUGAAAUGGAAUAAGUUGUAUAUAAUGUUUAUAUAAACUUGUGAGAGAAUUAGAGUAUUAUCAAAGUGAUACAUUUGGUGCUGCACGGAUAAAAAUAUUUUCUUGAAUCAGCGGCAAAAUUCUUGUUCCAAGAGCCUUGAGACUUUCAUAUAUACUACAGUUCAUACCAAAUAAACUUUUAGUCACGUGAUUAAGCUUG